AUGGUGACCACCAAAAAUGGAGACCAGAAAGACCACUACAGCGCAAAACCCCCUGUCUUUGAUGGUAAGAAGUUUGACUACUGGAAAGAUAGAAUUGAAAGCUUCUUUCUUGGAUUUGAUGCUGAUUUUUGGGUCUUAGUUGUUGAUGGCUACACACGUCCAGUUGAUGAAGAUGGUGUGAAGAUUCCAAGAGAAAAGAUGAAUGGAGAUCAGAAGAAGAAAUACAAGGAUCACCACAGAGCAAGAACAAUUCUACUCAAUGCCAUCUCAUAUGAGGAAUAUAAGAAGAUUAAUGAUCGAGAAUCUGCAAAGUCCAUCUUUGAUUCUCUGAGGAUGACUCAUGAAGGUAACGAGGAAGUAAAGGAGACAAAGGCUCUAGCUUUUGUCAAGAAGUAUGAAGCCUUCAAGAUGGAACCAGGUGAAUCUGUGGCUGCCAUGUUCUCUAGAUUCCAGAUGCUCAUUGUUGGGAUUAGAGUACUUGACAAAAGCUACACUACUGCUGAUCAUGCAAAGAAGAUCAUCAGAAGUCUUCUUGAGAAAUGGAUGCCUUUGGUGAAUGCUUUGAAGUUGUCCAAGAAUUUGAACAAGAUAAGUCUGGAGGACCUGGUAAGUAUCUUGAGAAGCCAUGAGAUAGAUCGUGCUGAGCAUUUACCUCAAAUGAAGCAAAAGUCCAUAGCUCUAAAGUCAAGACCUGAGAAGGCCAAAGCUCUUCAAGCUGAAGAAGAAUCAGAAGAAUCCACUGAAUAUUCUGAUGAAGAUGAGCUCUCAUUGGUAUCCAGAAGGCUCUACCGUAUAUGGAAGCAUAGGCAAAACAAGUACAAAGGAUCAACAAAAGCUAAAGGAAGACAAGAGUCUUCAACUGGUCAACGGAAAUCUUCUGGCAAAGAAAUAACUUGUUUUGAGUGCAAGGAGUCGGGGCAUUACAAGAAUGAGUGUCCUAAGCUGAAAAGAGAAAAUAAGCCUAAAAAGAAUUUCAAGGCUAAGAAAGGGCUCAUGGUGAGUUUUGAUGCCUCAAGAUCAGAAGAAGAAGAUUCUGAUGAUGAAGUUGUCGAAGCACUCAUGGCAGUAACAAAGGACAAGGAAAUAUAG